GGAAAGAGGCCGCGGCAUUCUUCCAAGUACAUCAUCAUCUACACUUGAGUCUUGACUGCUUGUCCUAAACAUGACGUUUAUACAUGCAUCGGUCUGGCAACCGACGGUGAUCUCUCCGUCCGAAAUGGACAGAAAAACUCGGCCAUGUGGGCACUUCGCGGCAAAGACAUUCUUCUACGGCUACCUUCCGAAGUCUCACGACGAUGCCGGCCGAAGUCCAGUCUCCAGCGGACCCUCAGCCACACUCGGGCCAAUGUACGCGGGUACGCUCUACAAUACUUUUCUGGGAUAUAGCAGUCCAGCGAGAGUAUAUAAAGGGGCCAAUGCAGCACUUUCACUACCCAACAGACAUCGCGUUUUCCGCUAACAACAACCAACAAUGUCCCGCAUCGCUACCGUCUUCGGUGCCACUGGAAAGCAGGGCUCCUCCGUCGUCCGCGCCCUCCUCGCCGAUGGCACCUUCAAGCCUCGCGCUGUUACGCGCGACCCCGACUCGCCUGCCGCGAAGAAACUGGCUGGGCAAGGCGCCGAGGUCGUCAAAGCCGAUAUGGCUGACAAGGAGGCCGUUAAGAAGGCCGUGACUGGCGCGGAGGUCGUCUUUCUGGUCACAGCGCCGUUCACCUCUACGACAGAGGUUGUGCAGGGCACGAACAUCAUCGACGAGAGCAAGGCGGCUGGCGUGAAGUUUUUGGUGUUCAGCACCUUACCGAGUAUCAAGGGCCUUUCCAAUGGGAAGUACCCGAACGUGUCUGUCGCUGAAGAGAAAGUUGAGAUUCAGGCGUACCUGAAGGCCUCUGGCAUUCCCUAUGCCUGCAUUGGAACCGGCAGUUUUCUUGAGAAUUUAUUGGUCAACCACCUCGGCCUCCCGCCCUUUGCCAAGACCGACACCGGCUAUGUGAUGCACUCCUAUGGCAAGCCUGAUAUGACCUUCUCCUGGACGUGGAUCGGCCACGACAUGGGGCCUGCGGUCACCGCGCUCUUCAAGCAGUACGAGACGCGCAAUACCGAGGUUCUUGGGCAGACCUUUGUCCUCGGCGUGGCGCGCGCGACAGUGAAGGAGAUUGCGGCCGAGUUUGCGAAGGGUUUGGGUAAACCCGUCGAAGUCAAAUGCUUGGAGAAGUGUGAGAUACCUAUGGUCAACGACAUGUACGCCUUCACUAUCGAGUACGAAUGGUACCCCGGCGUGCCUGUCCCCGACACCCGCCUCGAGAAGCUCGGCGUGAAGAUGGGCACCGCGGUGGACUUCGCGAAGACCGUCCUGAAGCCGCACCUGGGCGAGUAAAUGCUGAGAACGAUUGUAUUUGUACAACAAGCAGAAUAUGUGUCGAAGG